GUAGUUUUCCUUGGGCGACUAGGCGUUAAAGCUAUGCAGAUGAGAACUACGCUUCCCAAAUCUUUCUGCGAGGACUGAGGCAGGGGGUUGCAAGGCUUCUCCUCUUUAGUUGGGUGAAGUCUUGGGCGCCCGGGAGAGUUGGCGGCGUGGCGAGUUCGAGGCUCCGUUGAACUGGGUCCCCUCGGAGGUUGAGGACGCGAAGGAAGGAAGUGGCCCGCCGGAGAGAUCUGUUCUACUUGCACUCGGGAGGGAAAAAUGAACAAAGAUGCACAAAUGAGAGCAACUAUUAAUCAAAAGUUAAUUGAAACAGGAGAACGAGAACGCCUUAAAGAAUUAUUGAGAGCCAAAUUAAUUGAAUGUGGUUGGAAAGAUCAGCUGAAGGCACACUGCAAAGAUGUCAUCAAAGAGAAAGGGCUAGAACAUGUUACUGUUGAUGAUUUGGUGGCAGAAAUUACUCCAAAAGGCAGAGCCUUGGUACCUGAUAGUGUAAAGAAAGAACUUUUACAAAGAAUAAGAACAUUUCUGGCUCAACAUGCCAGUCUCUGAUCCUUCCGCUUGAAUCUUACCAUGCUGUGUUCAGUGAAUCACGUGAAAAACUGGACGAACAUUUUUCAUGCUUCAGGGUUAAAGUUCACUAUUUUUUUUAAACAUUUAGUUUAUUUACUGCAAGUAUACUUCAAUAUACUGACUUCUUAAUCUUGAUGUUUUAAUAAAAACAAAACCCCAACAACCUGUGCUUAAAUGUUGAAAGCAAAGACUUUUUGCCAUUAAAACAGUAUUGUGUGACUUAAUGGGACUGACAUGUUUGAACAGUAAAUCACUUCUCUGCCAUCCUGCUAAACGAGUCCCAGCACAAAGGAUAAGAAAGAAUAAACACUAAGUAUUUGAUAUCAGUUGCAAAACAGCACAGCAGCAGAGCCCGCAGCAAGCUGCCAUAGCUCCAGGUGAUGGCACAUGACCAGUGACAUCACACAAAUACAGCCAUUACAUGCUUGCAGGGUGACUUCUGAUGGAAAUCACAGCAUUUGUGUGACAACAUCUUACAGAGUUUGUCAUUUGACCCCUUUCCCUCCACCCCAUGGAUGCCCAUGAAAGGAAUUAUUCCUCUGGAAUAUUGGAACAGACAGGGUAGUGGAGUAUAGAUUCUGCCUACUUUUAGCCUAUUACAGGUCAUAAUGAGUAAAUAACAUGAGUUCUUAAAAAAAAAAAAGAGGAAAGUAAUGUGGUAUUGCCAUGGCAAAGAAAGCCAGAUUCUGUAAUCUGCAAUGCAAUUUGGGCCAUGUAUAUCUAAUAUUCCUGCUGCUACAAGAUUGUCCAAAUGGAGACUGCUCUCAGAAAUUGUCAUUUCUCUGGUGAUGGUUAACUGACAUCAAGGCCUAAAAAACAAGAUUUAAAAAAAAACCCACCGCAGAUUCUGAAUACUCUAUAUUUUUCAUACCUCACUUACCUGACAGAAUCCUGAAUAAAACACUAUUUGCAAUCCUA